AACUAAUAUUUUGAAAACAAAAUUCUUACAAGUUCCUUUAAAAAAAAAUCCAUAAAAUCAUUAGAAACUUAACAUUAUGGAUUCGGUAUUUGUUUAUGAAACGGAACAUCCAGAAAUUCACAAAAUGGAUUGGCAAUUUUUCAUAAAGGGCUUCCUGGAAGAUCAUCCCUGCAACAAUACCCCACCCGAUACAAUGUAUGCUCUAUUAUGGUCAAUGUGUGCGGUAUUUGGUAUUGUGUUUGUGCUCCUAGGCUAUCGCUGUUUGCGGGCGGUGGGAUUUUUGACAGGAGCUUUUAUAGGCAUAAAAGCGGUGGCUAUGAUGCGCGUAUAUGUCACCGGCUAUUUGGGUGAACCGGCCGAUGCUUGCUCUUCAUUGGUGGGUGGUUUAAUAGGAGCGGUAUUGGGUUCCACAUACCCAGUGGCCACAUUUUUUAUAAGUGCUUUUGCAGGCGUUAUUAUAGCCGGGGCGGCCAUGGCCGUUUGUGUGGCCACAAUGCCGGAUAAUGAAUUUGGUCAAGCUGAAAUAACGGUAGCUUUAAUUGGUGGCGCCAUUAUAUGUUCGGUUCUUACAUUGUGCAGCGCCAAAUAUAUAACAAUUUUAACCACCAGUGUUGUGGGCUCAGCCAUGAUUAUAUGUUCGAUUGAUUUCUUUUUGCACGGUCUAAUGCUGACCAAGUGGAUUUUCAACAUGAAACCCCAUCCAAAUCCGCCGGCCUGUUAUGGCGGUAUUUUGAUAUUUGCCUGGCCAGUUAGCAUUAUCAUUGGUCUAAUGAUACAGAGUUUCAUAACAGCCUGGGGCAUAGAUCAUCGCAAGCGAGUGUUUCAAAAACGUCACCAACAACUGCAACGCAUGCAAUCCAGACCUCGAGAGACCCGCGAAGAGGCCAGACAACGUAAAUUCCGUUACCUUUAUCAAGUACGCACGGCACGUGGCGAUAUUAUAUCACAGAAUUUUGUUUCAGCUUUACAGAAACGUAUACAAUUAAGCGGCACGGAAACACCCUCGGAACGUUCACUCAAAACUAGUUCCAAUGAACGCAAUACCUUUCGCAGUGAUCGCACACAUUUCACCACCAUACCACCCGAUUCGGAUAUGUUUGAUAAAAUUGAAAUUGUGCGUGAUAUAGCAUAACACUCGGUUUAUAAUUACAUGUAAAGAUGAUGGUGAUGAUGAUACAAACCUAAAACCGAAAAUAAUCAAUGAAAUUUUAUGUGUAAGUAAGUACUAAACUGUAAAACACUUUGCAUAUACUUUAUUUAUUAAAAAAAAACAAGAAAACUAAAAAAAAAAUUUAUGCAAGCUUAAGCUUGUCUGUUAAACACAAAAAACACAGAAACUUGAAAUUGAAAAAGAAAAUUCAACAGCUUUAUAUUGGUUUCCCCUAGAGAAACUUAAAAAUAUAAUAAGAAAC